UGAUUCUUGCUAAAGCGAUUUCUCAAUAGCAGACAUUCAUAGCAAACACUUGAGCAACUAUGGGUAUAAUUAGGAGUUGCUUCUCUUUCAUAUCAGGGACAGUAUGUGGGGUUUACUUGGCUCAGAAUUAUCAAGUUCCUAAUAUCACAAAGUUAGCUGACACUGCCUUGUUCAUGGCAAAAGUUGUGGAGGAAAAAUACCGCAAGCCCAAGAAGUGGGAUGAUGAUGAUGAUGUUUAGUUUGUAAAUUGGUGCCAUAUUGGAAUAAGAUUCUUGUUUUGUUUUGCCUUAUAAAAAUCCUUUUUUAUAGGUUCAAAUACCUCAAUUAUAAGCUUUUUGAAAACACAAAUUAGAAGAAGAUUUUUAUGGAAGCAUUCUUAGCAGUUAAUGCUCAUUAUUUUGUCCUUUCUUAGGAAGCAUUCGCAUUCUUCCGCGGUCUUCCUGAUCUGAAUCUUGCACUGAGACACUGUUGAAAGGUAUCAUAUACCCAGUUUCUUAAAUCUGGGAAACUAGGAUGAUAAGAUAGCUCCAGGCCAGAAAUCUGUUUUUCAUGGUCAUGAGAGUUUUAUUUAACAUUCAAUUAUGGGCUUGAUAACAAAUAUUUUUUGUGUGCAUUUGAUUUUCUGGUUUAACAAGAACAUGAUGCCCCUACUACA